AUGUCCGCACACUCUGAAGACCCAGAGCGCCAGCCCCUCCUCGCUGGGCCGGCUGCCAAUCCACAGACGUACACCGACGCACAGAUAGAGCAUGCAUCGCCCGUCGACGUCAUCGUCGCCUCCGACGACGCCGACGCGCUCGCACCGAAGGAAAAGGUCUCCGCAUGGACCGCCGCGUGGUACGUCGUCACCGCCUCGCUCGCCACCGCCACCCUGGUGCUGCUCGUCAAGGCCUUCAUCGAUGCGGACGACGUCGAGUUUGACCUCGGCGAGGCCCUGAAGAAAGCGCUUGGCGGCGGGCUCAGCGGCGCUGCGGCCAUGAUCCUACAAGUCCUCACGCUCAUGCCUCUCCGCACGGUCAUGAACUACCAAUACCGCUACGGGUCCACCACAACCGAAGCCCUCCGCACGCUCUACGCCGCCGGCGGGCCCGCGCGCUUCUACGCGGGGCUGUCCGCCGCGCUCGUGCAGGGUCCCGUCGCGCGCUUCGGCGACACCGCCGCGAACGCGGGCAUCCUCGCGCUCCUGCAGAGCAACCCGCUGCUGAGCCGCCUCCCCGCGGCCGCGAAAACCGUGUUCGCGUCCGCCGCGGCCGCGCUGUUCCGCAUGGGCCUGACGCCGGUGGAUACCGUCAAGACGACGCUGCAGACGCAGGGCGCGCGCGGGUGGGGGAUCUUGAAGCGCCGGGUCGAGGUGUAUGGGUUUGGAUCGCUGUUCUACGGCGCGUGGGCAACCGCGGCCGCCACCUUCGUCGGACACUACCCCUGGUUCAGCACGUACAACUACCUCGACGAAACGCUUCCUGCGCCGCACACACUCCUCCAAAAGCUCCUCCGCCAGGCGCUGAUCGGCUUCGUCGCCUCCGCGCUCUCCGACACGGUCUCCAACUCGCUGCGCGUCGUCAAAACGUACCGCCAGGUGAACGAGACGCGCGUCGGGUACGUGGCGGCCGCGCGCGCGGUCGUCGCCACGGACGGUAUCAAAGGAUUGCUUGGGAGGGGGUUGAGGACGCGGAUAUUGGCGAAUGGGUUGCAGGGGGUGAUGUUUUCGGUGCUGUGGAGACUUUUUAUGGAUCUGUGGGUGUCUCUUUCAUUUUUUUUCCCUCGUUGUUUCCGUUUUUUCUUGAUCGGUUUGGCUUGGUCUUGGUUUGCGAUGAGCGGGGUGCUGAUGUGGCCUUUGUGUGCGUUUACAGGUGGAACGAGAAGACGAAGUAGAGCGUGGUAG